AUGAACUUUAACUUAUUAACUUUAUUAUCCGCUGUUACCUUUGGCUCCAUUGCUCACGCUGCCGCUACCCCAUCUGCUACUGAAAUUGCUGAACUUAAUGUUUUAAUGAACGAUGUCAGCUCUCACCUUACCGAUUACAUGGUUUUGGCAUUGACACCAGGUUCCAGUUUUUCAUUAACUGACAUGCCAGCCGGUAUUUUGGAUAUCGGUUUAGCUUUGGCCACUGCAACUGACAAAUCCUACACUACUUUGUACUCUGAAGUUGAUUUUGCUGGUGUUCAAUCCAUGAUUACUAAAUUACCAUGGUAUAGUACAAGAUUGGAACCAGAAAUCAUCUCUGCAAUUGUGGACGCUUCUAACUGA